GGUACCGGUACCUUAGCAAGCACACUGACGGAGUAAAGAAAGAAAAGAAAAAAGACAGAGAUGGAGAGACAGUAAGGGAUGAGACGGAUGACUUUUACAGAUGUGUGAAAGGCAUCAUGACAAACAUGUCCAUGCGGAGUUUCUCAAUCGGCAGGCAGCCGUCUUUCUCCAACUUAUCUCUGAGAGACAGCGGGCGUGGCCGAACCAAAGCGGCCGUCUCGUUCGCCGCAGCCAAGCCCCUCUCCCGCUCUUCCUCCAUGAGCAUGGCUGACCUGAACAGCCUCUCCAACCUGUCGGUCAACGGCCUCGGCAACAGCACCAACGACAAGGAAGCCAUGCAGAGCCUCAACAGCCGUCUGGCCAACUAUCUGGAAAAAGUGCGCUCUCUGGAGAAGUCCAACGCUGACCUCGAGCUUCGCAUCAAGCAGCUCAUGCUGGAGCGGGUUCCCAAAGGCCAUGACAUAGACGCCAUGUUGGCUCAGGCUCAUGCUCUGGAGCAUGAGGUCAGGAAGAGGACUCUGGAGAACGCUCGCAUCAUGCUGGAGAUUGACAACGCCAAGCUGGCUGCAGAUGACUUCAGAGUCAAAUGGGAAACUGAGAAUGCUAUGUGUCAGUCUGUGGAGAGGGAUUGUGUGGCUCUAAAAAAGGCCAAGACAGACCAUGACCAGAUCAUUGCUACGUUACGAGGAGACCUGGACAGCCUGAAAGAGGAGCUCUACUUCCUCAAGAAGAACCAUGAGGAGGAGAUGGAUAGUCUGCGGGCUCGGAUAGCCCAGGAGGACGUCAACGUGGAGGUGGAUGCCGCUCGUGGUCCUGAACUCGGCUCGGUGCUGUCCGACCUACGUUCUCAGUACGAGGGCAUCGUUCGGAAGAACAAAGAAGAGGCGGAGACCUGGUACCGCAAGAAGCUGGAGGUGGUACAGACGGAGGUGCGCGAGAGCAACGAGGCGCUGCGAGGGGCUCAGAGUGAACUCACCGAGAGGCAGCGCUUCCUGCAGACCCUCGAGGUGGAACUGGAGAGCCUGCAUAAACAGGUCGCCGCCCUGGAGGGGAACCUGGGUGAAACAGGUCAGAAGUAUGCCAUGGAGAUGGAGCGUCUGCAGGCCACGCUGAACCAGCUGGAGGAGGAUCUCUCUCAGCUUCGGCUGGACAUGCAGCGCAACAAAACCGACUACGAACAGCUCCUGCGCAUCAAACAGAACCUGGAGCUGGAGAUUGCCACCUAUAGGCGCUUGCUGGAGGGAGAGGAAGCUGUUAAGGAAGCCCUUCCACCUCCGAAAAAAGAGCCUGACGUUCGCACCAGGAAGAUUGUCAAGGUGGUCACUCAAACCAUGAUCAACGGGAAAGUGGUGGACGAAUCCAGCGAGGUUGAACAAAUCGAAGAGUCCAAGAAGUGAGAAUCCAAAAGAGUCCAAAAUAAAUAAAGCUCCCAUUGUUUGUUAGGGACCACAUUAACCCCUCCACCCCCCUGGAGGCCCCCUGGAGGACUCUCGCGUUUCAGUUUCAGACCCAUCAAAGCCUUUCAGACAGAUCAUCUUUCCCGUGUCUUUCUCCACCUACACAAAGAGGCCACAUUACUCGAGUAGACAGAUAUCUGCUUCUCGCUCUGCAUGGGAUCAGUCCCUCCUCUGUUCUUUAGUGUUUUUAUCAAAAGAAACAACCUUUUUUUUCACUUUUCCUGCUUGCUUGCAAGUUGAGCAUUUCUUCUAGGAUUAUGUAAGCAAGAUGAAGUUACAGUAGUUCUGUGUAAUCUGUAAACAAUGUAAACGAUUGAUAGUGUGAUGAAUAAAACAAGGAAAAUAAAAUCUGCUCAGAUCUGUACAAUCGAUGUAAUUAUUUUUGGUGUUUUGAUCGUUUUAUAAUGCUGUUUGGGUUAAACAACACUCCAUACACAGCGGCUGUACAUAUGAUGAUGAUGAGAAGGAGGAGGAGAAGGAAGAUGAGAAGGAAGAGGAGGAGAAGGAGAAAAAGGAGGAGGAGGAGGAGGAAAAGGAGAAAAAAGAGGAGGAAGAGAAGAAGGAAGAGGAGAAGGGAAAGAAGGAGGCAGAGGAGAACAAGUAGAAGGAGGAGGAAGACCAGAAGGAGGAGAAAAAGAAGGAAGACCAGAAGGAGGAGGAGAAAAAGAAGGAAGACCAGAAGGAGGAGGAGAAAGAGGAGAACAAGUAGGAGGAGGAGAAAAAGGAGGAGGAGAAGGAAGAGGAUGAGAAGGAAGAUGAGGAGGAGGAGGAAGAGGAGAAGGAAGAGGAGGAGAAGGAAGACAAGAAGGAAGAGGAGGAGAAGGAGGAAGAGGAGGAGAAGGAAGAUGAGAAGGAAGAGAAGGAGGUAGAGGAGAACAAGUAGAAGGAGGAGGAAGACAAGAAGGAGGAUGAGGAGAAGGAAGACAAGAAGGAGAAAAAGGAGGAGGAGGAAGACAAGAAGGAAAAGGAGAAGGAAGAGGGGAGGAGGAGGUGGAGAAGAAGGAGGAGGAAGAGGAGGAGAAGGAAGACGAGAAGGAAGAGAAGAAGAAGGAGGCAGAGGAGAACAAGUAGAAGGAGGAGGAAGACCAGAAGGAGGAGGAGAAAAAGGAGGAGGAGGAGGAGGAGGAGAAGGAAGACAAGAAGGAGAAAAAGGAGGAGGAAGAAGAGGAGGAGGAGAGGGAAGACGAGAAGGAGGAGGAAGACAAGAAGGAAAAGGAGAAAAAGGAAGAGAAGAAGAGGGGGAGAAGGAGAAGUUAAAUUUCUAUAGCGUCUUUCAAUAGUUUCUUCUCCCCAAAGCCGCUUGGGGGGGGGGGACUCAGGAGGAAGAGAGAUGUUCAUGGUCUCCAAAGAUACGUCUCCAAUUGAGAUUUGAAAGUCGAGACAGAAGAAGAGCCGUCACAGAGAGAUUGAGGAAGAGAAUUCCAGAGUUUGGGGGCAAUGGCACUGAAGGACCUGAUAUCAUCCCCCCUUCCCCCCCAUGAUGGAAAGUCUGGUGCAUGGUAUAAGUAGGUUCUUGCUAGAAGACCUUAGUGAUCCAGAUCGUAGUGUUUGGAAGGUCAGUAGUUCCCUCAGGGAGAUCAGAACAAGAUUAUACAGGGCUUUGAAACAGACAAGCAAGAUUUUAAAUGUAAUCCCGGACAGAACCGGGAGCCGGUGGAGCUGAGAGAGGGAGGAUGGGGAGAUGUGAGCAGAGCGUUUAGUACGGGUUAGGACUCUCACUGCAGAGUUCUGAAGGAAGGCCUGUGAAGAGUGAAGUACAGGAAACUACACGAGACACAAUGAAAGCAUGAAUCAGUUUGUGCAUCGUUACGAGUCAGAAGGGAACGAAGCUGAGCAAUGUUACGGAGGUGAAAGAAUCCAAGUUUGGUGAGUGAUUUAAUAUGAAGAUGAAAAUUGAGUGAUGGAUCAAAUAGUAGUUAUGCCAAGAUUUCUGACAACAGGAGCAAAAAAUAAACUCCUUUACACUGACAGAUCAAAUUCAAACAAGACAUGUUCGAGUUUUCACGUGUUCAUAUUUGUACCUGUACACUGUGUACAGGUUGUUUUUCUUUUAAAAUAAAACCUCUCUGGGCACUGA